AUGUGCUUGGUAGUUGCUCAAGAAAUCCUUAGACAAAGACUUUUGAUUUCAGAUGCAGCUCACUGUGAACCCUGCCCAGAAGACCAAUUUCCCAACAAGGACAAGGACCAAUGCAUUGCCAAGAAGAUCCACUUCCUCUCCUAUCAAGACACCCUGGGAUACACCUUAGUUUUUCUUGCUCUUUUUCUCUCAGUGAUCACUUCUGCAGUCCUGGUGAUUUUCUAUAAACACCAUGACACACCAAUUGUCAAGGCCAACAAUCGAGAUCUCACCUACAUCCUCCUGGUCUCCCUUCUGCUCUGCUUCCUCUGUUCCUUCCUCUUCAUUGGUCAACCAGGGAAGAUCACUUGUCUCUUUCAACAAUCUACCUUUGCCAUUCUCUUUUCCCUUGCAGUUUCCUCUGUGUUGGCAAAGACUGUCAUGGUGAUUCUGGCUUUCAUGGCCACCAAGCCAGGGAACAAGACAAGGAAACUCUUGGGAAAACCACUGAGCAACACCAUUGUCAUAGCCUGUCCUCUGGUCCAAGCCCUUCUUUGUGCCACCUGGCUGGGAACUUCUCCUCCAUUUCCCAACUUGGACUUCCACUCCUUAUUUGGAGAGAUCAUCUUGGAAUGUAAGCAGGGCUCAGCUGUAAUGUUUUAUGGUGUCCUCUCUUACCUAGGUCUUUUGGCCCUUGUCAGUUUCACAGUGGCCUUCCUGGCUAGGAAAUUGCCUGAUAGUUUUAACGAAGCCAAGUUCAUUACUUUUAGCAUGCUGGUCUUUUGCAGUGUUUGGAUCUCCUUCCUCCCCACCUAUUUGAGUGCCAAAGGGAAGUCCAUGGUGGCUAUGGAGAUCUUCUCCAUUUUGGCAUCUGGGGCUGGUCUCUUGACUUGCAUCUUUUUCCCCAAAUGCUACAUUAUUCUACUGAGGCCUGAUCUGAAUUGUAGAGAAAACAUAGUAAGAAACAAAAAUUUCUAA